AUGGCAUGCUUACAUGAUCUAAGCAGUAUGAUUAUGUUGAAGGACAACCAUAUCUGGGCCAAAGGAUCGAUAACGGCCGCCGUCAAGGCUGCGAAGAGCGUGGGUGGCUUCGCGCUGAAAGUCGAGGUCGAAUGUCAGACGGAAGAGGAGGCGGACGAGGCUAUUGCGGCCGGUGCCGAUGUAGUAAUGCUUGAUAACUUCACGGGUGACGGCAUAAGAGUCGCAGCAAAGAGCCUGAGAGACAGGUGGAAAGGCACGAGAGAGUUUCUGAUCGAGAGUUCAGGAGGUCUGACGGAGGAUAAUGUCAGAGGCUACAUCUGCAACGAUAUUGACAUUAUUUCUACGAGUUCAGUACAUCAAGGUGUGCCACACGUUGACUUCUCGUUGAAGAUCGAGCAUGGGACAGAAGUGCCCGCGACAUAA